AUGCGGAUAAGGACUCCAACCUUGCUAACAAGUGAGCGAGUAGGUGGAGUUCCCCUUAGCCUCGACCAACAUUCCAUGCCUGGGGUUCUCCGAUCUGCUUUCUUAUUCGUCUCUUCGGAUGAAACAAGCCGAGGAUGGGGUCCCCAACGCCAGAGGACACAUUCUUGGUGGCAACAGUUCCAUAAAUGCCGGCUUUUACAGCGGAGCAGACCAGCAAUUCUAUCAGAAAUCGGGUGGGACCUGAGAGUUGUGAACGAGCCGUACGAGUGGGUUGAGAAGGCAGUUGUCUUUAGGCCGGAGCUUAGGAACUGGCAAUCAUUGGUUAGAGCCGAUGUUCCUUUCCUUGGCAGUCGAGCUCCUUCGGAUCCUUUUAUCUUGGGCAUCUCACUUGUAAUGCAAAGCAUUCUUUUCGAUCUUGUACCCACGGCACUGAACACCAACCCAAUCUCGAUGAUAAAAGAAAACUACAAGCAACUACAUCAAUCAACUACAGCUUGA